CAGCCGGCUUUCAGAGUAUAAAUAGCACAGGGGCUGGUACUGUGCGAACGCCCAGUUGUUUGAAGCGGCAAGAGCUAAGCACUAGCAGAAUUUACUUCCUCGGUUUAGCGAAGUUAGUGGUUUUCUGGAAUUUCUUUACGAUCCAGGAUUCAUUCAGGUCUUCUAGUAUUCCUGUCCACCCGCUUGCUUUCACAAGGAGCCUCUAGGUGCCGUCGCCAUGAUGCAGCUCUGUUCUGAGUCCAGUAACAAGCACUCCCUCAUCAAUGUGAUGAACCGUUUCAUCGCUGCUGCCAACAACAUGGACGAAACCAUCAUGGUGCCCAGCCUCCUGAAAGACGUACCCCUGGAGGACCGGGAGCCCACGGAGCCGGUGGUCGUCAACAACAACAAUGACGAGGAGUUGUCCUCCAAUGGCAAGCAAAGGGACAUGUACGAGCACUACCUCCUCCUCAAGUCCAUCAAGAACGAUAUGGAGUGGGGCCUGUUCAGGAAGGAGGCAAGCGGUGGGUCCAGCUUUCUGGAGAUGGCCUUCAAGCAGGAGGGGCGGCAGGAACAGGAUGGAGGUGGAAGCGAAGAGGCCCCUGGUGAGGAGACGUGUGAUCUGGAGGGCCAGUUUCACUACCACCUGCGGGGGCUGUUUGGGGUCCUUUCCAAACUCACCGUGCAAGCAGACCACCUCACCAACCGCUACAAGCGGGAGAUUGGCGGUGGGAAUUUCAUUAGGUAGGACUCGGCUCAUUUUUACAGACAUUCUGGGACUAUGGCAAAGUGGUUGGUGGACUGCUGUGAAACUGAAGGGUCUGGUUUUUGGGUUUCUGACCAGGUGGAAAUGACCACACAAAUGAACAGAUGCUAACCUGUCAAAUGCAUGGCACUUCCUGCCUGAGCAGCACAUUUCUAGCAUGCAGAUGCCCACAAAACCUCCUGUUCUCAUUUGAGCAAGGUUAACUUUGGUAGCUGCACAUGGCCAUGCAUCUAGAUUUGGAAUGGUGCUCUUAAAUUUUAGCGGGAGGGUCCCGGCAGUGCCUGGAGAAUUUGGUGCAUCACAAGGACUGAUGUGGAUCCAGUUGGCAGUAAAGUGCUGCAGAUUAUUGAUCGAUCAGUUCUCCUAGGAACCGUGUCUUAACCUGCUCCAGCUUCCAUAAUCUAAUUUGUUGUGUGUUAAAAGAUGUCUAAUUAUUCCAUGCGUUUAAAAUGUCAGCUAAUGUUGCAAUCUGAAGUUUGCGCAUCCGUUUCCAAGCCUGUUUGCUUGGUCAUUCUGUGAAUCAUUUUAGUACAUUAACUCGAUCCCUUCAUUUAAUUUCUUUUUAUAUUAUUUUUAUUUAUUGUCUGAUCCCCUCCAGACGAGAUGUGCCUUCUACACAUUGUUUAAUUUGGGAAGUCUCCUCAGAUCACUUCCUGCUCAGGCCCCACUGAAAUAAGCAUUGCAUCAAAUCCAUCAGAGCCACUACCCAAUCAAAUGCAAGUACCACUACAGUCAACUUUGGGGAACUUGUCUGUUUGUGUUCGGUGACAUUUCUCCUUUCAAUGUUUGUGUCCAUAGUUUUCACAUUUUUAUAUAAUGGUCAUGUGUAUAUGAAUAAAGCGUUUCAAUUCCUUGUA